ACUUAUGACCAUAUAUGGAAAUGUGUUAUGACUACCGUUGGCAUCGCGUGAUCAGUAGUACACGUACAAGUACAUCUUCAUAAUUGUAUAUAAUAAGCUACUCACUAGUGUUUACUGAGAGAUCAGACUAGAGGGAGUACAAGAUAAGAGAAGAGAAGACUACUAACAGUCAGUAUAAGCUACUCCAGUAAAGAAAGAACUGUAACAAGAAAUAGUGAGACUAUAGGAGAGGACAAUUAUAGCAAGUGAAAUGGCAAGCAAAAUGGAGGAAGAAAUAACUAGAAUAAAAACAGAAUGGGACAAAACAUCAGAAUACAUGUAUAUCAAGCAAAUGGAACGAGUGGAAGAUAAAAUGGAAUGCGUGUUCAAAAAAAUGAUAGCAGAGAUGGAAAGUGUAAAAAAAGAAAUGGAAAAUUUAGAGCAAGAUCGAGAAAAAAAAACAGAAAAAUUUGAAAAAUUAAAAGAAAAAAUAGAAAAAGCAAAUAAAGUUAAAAAGCAGGCUCGUGAACAAAUACAAAUAUUACAACAACUUGAUUCACCACUGGAACCAGAAGAGUCUGUAGUAGCAAAAAUAGCACAAAUACAACAAGAAACAGAAUCAUUUCCAGAAGAAAGUGGAGAAUCUAAUAAUUGGGAUGAAUAUUACAUGAAGAUAGCUUGUUUAGCUGCUUUAAGAAGUAAAGACCCCAGGACACCAGUUGGUGCUUGUAUUGCUGACAAAAAAUCUUAUCAAAUAGUUGGGAUUGGAUAUAAUGCCAUGCCUUAUGUUAAAACAAGGGAUAAUGACAAAAUAUUCUCAUGGUCAUCAGAAAAAAAAGAAGAUGAAAAAGAAAAAAGCAAAAAGGGAGAGAUAUCAAAAAUAAAAGAUCAUUAUGUGGUUCAUGCAGCAAUUAAUGCUAUUACAAAUAGGACCAGAAAUAAGCUUGAUGGUUGUACAAUAUACGUAACACUAAAACCUGAUGAAGACUGUGCUCGUGCAAUACAACUAGCUGGAAUAAAAGAAGUAGUUUACUGUAUGUUCACAAGAAACGAAAAAAGAGGAGAAAACAAAGAUAUGAUGAAUGGAGAGAAAUUUUUAAAAAGCAACAACAUUGAACUAAAGGACCUGAAAGAGUCAGUUUUAAAUAAAUUUGAUAAAAAUGAAGUGGUUAAAACACUUAAUAGCAGAAUACUUAGUCCACCGCAGCCUAAUGAUGAUGGGCCAUACAAAAAUGCUCUCACAUGGGAAGAUUUCUUCAUGAAAAUAGCAGAACUGUCAAAAGAAAGGCCGGGACAAUUUGACACAACAGACUCAAGAACUGGAGCAUGCAUAGUGUCACCAACCAAACAAGUAAUGGCAGUUGGACACAGUGGAUACCCUGAAGAUAUGGAACUUGGAGAAAUUGAACAUAAUAAAGAAUACAUCACCCAUGCUGAAUACAGGGCAAUAUUAGGAGGACCAAUAGUUAGAGGAUGUACACUAUAUGUCACUUCUUAUCCAUGUGAAACUUGUGCUAAACUUAUAGUACAAUCUGGGAUCAGUGCAAUAGUGUAUGGUAAACCUAGUAAGGAUCCAUAUCCUCAAAGAAUACUACAAGAGUGUCUUAGCAAUAUAAGGCCAAAAGCAGAUUAGCAAAUUUUAAAUUGAGUAACUAUAUGUUACCUAAUAACAGGACUGAUCUUAAUAUAGUUUAGGUUUUAUAGACAGUUUAUAGAAGUGAUUGUUCAAUGUUUUAUUAAGUACAUGUGUAUUUACUUUAAUAAAGUGAUAAUAUUUAUAAUCAA